AGGACAGCCAUGGCGUUGAUGUGGAUAAUUUUGUUAAUACUUAGAUUGUUAUGCUCCAGUUCCCAGGAGAUUUAUUUAAAUGAAAGGAAUGAUUGCAGCAAUAGUGAAAACAUACUGAGUGGACUUCAAACCGUUCUCAUUAAGCAAGGAGAGCUCCAACGUGAAAUAGAUCAGCAACGGCAAUAUAACAUAGAAAUCCGAGAAUUAAUGAGCAACCUCACGUUAGUAAGCCAGCUCCAAUAUGAUAUAAAUCAACUACGACGGGAAAACAUGGAAAUUAGGGACUUGCUGAGCAAUCUAAGUUUAAACAGUUUGAAAGUAAAUGUAGACUGCAAGGACCUCUUUAUAAAUGGAUAUACACGAUCUGGAGUGUAUGGUAUAAAUCCGUUCCGUAACGAGACUCAGAUCAAAGUAUUCCGUGACAUGGAUGUUAUAGGAGGGGGAUGGACAGCAAUUCAGAAACGCAGGAGUGGAUCAGUGAGUUUCUACAAAACAUGGGCGGAGUACAAAACAGGCUUUGGGAACCCGGAGGACACGUACUGGAUUGGUAAAGAAAUACAUAAUUCAUGA